CAUUUCUAUCACUGUGUAAGUUAGCUUUGUUGCUACCCGCUGUUCUGAGAAAGAUCCAUUAUCGUAAUUGUUCAGAAAUUUUAAAUCUAUUCAGUUAUGUGGAUUGAAAAUGGGUUAGUUGCCUCCUAGUUGGUCGCCUCUACGCUUGCCAACAUGGUUAACGUCCACAAAGGAGUCCUUGUUGAAUGUGACCCUGCCAUGAAACAGUUCCUCCUCUACCUCGACGAAACAAUGGCUUUGGGAAAGAAGUUCAUCCUAAAAGAUCUGGAUGACACACAUCUUUUCAUCGUUGCAGAGGUGGUUCAAACCCUGCAGGAGAGAGUCGGGGAGUUAAUGGACCAGAAUUCGUUCCCCGUCACACAAAAAUAACCAUCUUUUCAAAGAACUCUUCUCCUGCAUUAUGGACUGGUUGGCAUUGUUUUUUUAUGUAGUUUGCAAGCACUUGAACUGUGACAGCUGCAGAUUCUUUCUUUGAAUAUUGUGAAUAAACUCAUUUAAACUGUA